AUGCUCGUCUAUGUAGAUAGCAGACAAGCACUACUUACCCUGGACAGACCACGAAUUUACUUAAUGUUAGUACUAGAAUGUCACGAAGCUUUGGCCGAAAUAUCCAUCAACAAUGUGGUCACCUUAAGAUGGAUCAAAGGCUUAAUUGCAAUAGGAGCACUUACAGAAGUGGAAGGUCAAAAUCCAAAUUCUGGUUCCGCUACAGUUCCAACUUCACCACCAGUUGUACCUCAAGCUAAAGCUCCACAGUUUACCAUAUUCCAGCCAAUAGAAGAUGUUGUUCACUUUUUUUUUCCUUGGUUCGUUUAAUAUAAAAAAUAUUAAAAUUAAAAUGCAA